CUAUCUCACAUUGAAACCUCAAAGACAACCUCGUUCAGCAACCCCAGGCCACAAAGGCAGCUGCCCAACAUGGUCAACGCAGCGAGGAAGAACCUCAUGUCGAGGCGCAACCACAAGGAGCGUGCCCAACCGCUUCACCGCCGCAAGCUUGGCCUGCUCGAGAAGCACAAGGACUAUGUCCACCGUGCGCGUGAUUACAAGAGCAAGAAGGACCGUAUCAAAAAGCUGCGCGAGAAGGCCGCCUUCAGGAACAAGGAUGAGUUCUACUGGGGCAUGAUCAAGGGCAAGACAGACAAUGGAGUGGCCAUCGCCAACCGCGGGAACGAGGCGCUGUCCGUCGACGUCGUCAAGCUCCUCAAGACGCAGGACGUCGGAUACAUCAAGGUCCAGAUUGCGCAAGACGAGAAGAAGAUCCUCAAGCUUCGCGCCCAGCUCGAGGUCUCCGCCCCUGUCGCUGGACCAAGCUCAGAGUGGACGGCGGCGUCUGAGCUCGCAGAGGUGGAGAAGCUCGCAGAGAUGGGCGUCGUGCUCCGCCCCGAUCAGACAAAGCGCAAGGGCAAGGGACGCGCGCCGGCCCAGGGACACGUUGUGUUUGCCGAGGGCAAGGAGGAGUUCGACUCUUACGGCGCCGAGGAGGAGACAGUAGAGGUGGUCGAGGAGGAGGAGGCCGCGCCCGAUCUUGGAUGGCUCGCACCCCCAGAGCCAAAGAAGAAGCGCAAGGGCAAGGCUGUGGCUGUUGUGGAGGAGGAGGAGGAAGAGGACGAUGAGGAGGAGAGGCUGGAAGAGGCAAGGGAACACCGCAUGGAGCUCCUCGGCAACCUCUCAGCCCUGCUUGGUCGCGUCCGCCUGCUCAGGCAAGCCGAGGCCCGUCUCGAGACGACCAAGGGGCUCAUGGGCAAGGGUGCGGCACGCAAGGUGCGCGAGGAAGGCUUUGUGGACGACGAGAAUGCGCCUGAGGACCGGAAUGGCGAGCGCAAGAAGUUUGUUGGCAAGCAGUGGAAGUGGAAGCUUGAGCGGAGGAAGUAGGUGUGUGUGACAGUGUAUGUAUAGUAUUGCAUGGCA